AUUGUUGUUGAGUUGUUGAUAAUGAUCGGCAGAGGAAUUUACCGAUUAUAAGACUAAUUUUCAAACAUAACUAACUUAAUACAGCCUUUCAGAUAAAUAUUCUAACAUAAUACACUAAUUUAGCAUACAAUGGCACCGCCAUUUGUUGCUUGCCGUAUUUGCCGGAGCGUCGAAGGAAGGUUGAAAAACUAUACGGACAGUAUAUAUUUAAUUAGAGCGUAUGAAGAGUUCAGUGGGUGUCCGUUUGUAGAAUGGCCAUACAUGACAAAGUUCUGCCCAGAGUGCGCCUGUCUCAUCAGGAAGGCGUACAAACUCCGGAGGAAGUGCAGAAAGUCCUACAAGUUUGUAGUGCAGCAUAUAGAGUCGGGUAGAAAGAUCACCAAACCGUUCAUCCAGCAGAGCGGCACAAGCCUAUACCACAAGCCAACGGACUUUGCCACAUGGCACUCCUACCGCUACCCCACCAUAGACUUAGUACACAACCCGAAGGCCUACAAGUCGAAGAAGAAGAGGGAGGAGGAACCGGUUUUCUAUAUUAAACAUUUGACAGUGCCAAAGGACGCAGUAGCAGAAAUACCAACAGUGGUUCCAGAGCCAAUAUACGAUUUCAACGAGAGAUACUACGACUCCUCCGAUCUGGAAGAAGAAAUGGGAUUCAAACCAUGGCCUAAAGCAAAUGAUAUUUACAUUCCAAGCAUUAUUAAAGCAAAGUCUACUUACACUCCAAGCAUCACUAAAACAAAUGCUACCUACACUCCAAGCAUUACAAAAACAAAUGCUACUUGCAGUCCAAGUAUUACUAAAACAAAUGCUACUUACACUCCAAGCAUUACUAAAACAAAUGCUACAUACACUCCAAGGACCAAGGCACAAGUUUUGGACAUUCAAGAGAAGCCAGUAGUUUAUGAAGAACCACCAGUGCUACCACCAAUGAUAGUGGAACAUGAACCACCGGUGUUAGAGGCACCGAUGAUCAGUCAACCGGUUGAAGAUCCGGUGACUUUGCCGGAGGAAGCUAAUGUGGCCAUUUUGUGUAAACCAGACCGGAUUGAGGAAGAGGAGAUUGAUGUCAAAAUGGAGGAUGAUAUGAUCGACGACACUGAAGGCCACAUCGAGGCCGAUCACAUUGAAAACGAAGACAAGGUAGAAAUGAAACUGGAUCCAGACCUAGAUCCAGACAACCUGACGCUGCUGGAGAUUAAGGCUGAGAUGGAACGAGAAGAUUCAGGAAAAGGAGAGAAGAGAAAGAGGCGUGGGAAAGAGAAAGAGCACAGUCGAGUGUCAAAAAAAAGUGAACAGCUUCAAAAACGCGCGAGAAGGAACCAGUGCAACCAGGAGUUGGAGGAACACUUCACCGUCACGCAGUUCCACACGGAGGAAGACCAGAUGCAAGAGUUCCUAAAGAGGAAAAUGGGCGAGGGCUACUUGGAGGGAAAGUACAAGUGUGAGCUGUGUCUCAAGAGCUUCAAGGAGCAGAAAUGGAUGGACGCGCACAAGCUGAAACAUGAGCCGUCCGCCGGGUCCUACGUAUGCACAAUAUGCCACAUCCGGUGUCGAACCCCUAAGCUGUAUCGCACGCACCGCGACUCCAACCACACCACCCGCUACUCGUGCAGGCGUUGCCAAUUUUUCACUUAUAGCAAGGCGCAGGCGCUGAAACACCACGGGUGGCACGAGGGCGUCGAGCACACCUGCCAGCACUGUGGCGCCACCUUCCGCAAGCACACAACGUAUAUGGGCCACCUCCGACGCGCGCAUCCAUCUGCUCAUAUAUGCGGCGUCUGCGCACGCAGCUUCGUCAGCGCGUACGGACUCAACUUACACAUCAAGGCCGUCCAUAAGGACAUAAAUAAACUAGAAAACGACAGCACGCGCUGUGAGGAGUGUGACGUGACGUUCGUGUCGCGACAGAUGUAUGUCAGACACUUACUCAUCACUGACAGACACAAGGAAAUGUGUAAAGAUAUCUUGGGGUGCAGAAAGUGCGGCGAGCAGUUCGAAAGUGCGGGGGAGAUGGAAAAGCACACGCACUAUAAGGAGAGGAAGUAUGUCCGGAAAGACGCGCCGAGACGGACCAUCAAAUGUGACGAGUGUUCAGAAGUGUUUUCUCAUCCAAACGGCGUGUAUCAACACUACCUUCGCGAACACCCCGACACACCGUACCGGUUCGCGGUGAGACGGCACUAUCUGUGCGAGCAGUGCGGCAAGACUUUCAAGUCGCCAGGUUUGCUCCAGCAACACGGGCUCAUCCACCUCGGGCUGCGCCCCCCGGCUGCGAAGAAGCCCCCGGGCCGCAACUCUUGCCGCCUGUGCGGGAAGACGUACAGCAAGCUAAGCGGGCUCUUCAGGCAUAAACUGACACAUCUAGGCGUCCGUCGACACAAAUGCCAUAUCUGCGAGAAGGCGUUCACGGACACGUCUAACCUAAAGCAGCACGUGCAGGGCGUGCAUCUCAACAUACGAAGGAUAAGGAAGCGAUAAUACAGUGCUUGCAGGCGUAUGUUUUGUUUUGGAAAUACAGUGUUCGCAGGUGUAUGUUUUGUUGUACUAUCUCUGAGCGAAAAUACAGUGUUUGCAGA